UGAUAAGCAAAUAAAUUUAUAAUAGCAUGUUAAAUAUUUUUGAUUCAACUAUUAAAUCUUUUAAAAUUAUUUUCUUCCUAUUAUUUGUUAUUAAUAUGUAUAUUUUUUAACUUAAUUCAAUAUUUAAACCAUGAUAAAUAUUAUGAGACGUUGUGGUCCGUCAUCUUUGAAGAUGUGCUGUUCAUGUUUUCUUCGGUAUGCCUCUAGUCAGUCAUUUAAUAUUGAUAAAGUAAAACCUCCUCCCAUACCAGACAUAGUAAGAAAGCCAGCACGUUUGCCUUUUUUGAAAACAAUUUAUGCUAAACAGUAUGAUUUAGAGGUACUAACUUAUCCUGAGGUACUUAAUUUGGAACGUUACAAAGACAUGGAAUCAAGGAUGCAACAAGUCCACAACAAUUGUUCAAAAAUUGAUACAAUAGGACAACUAGGUUUAUUUGGUAUGAAUGUUCCGUACCCAUCUUCAGGUCUCAAUCUCAGUGAAACAGAGAUUACUAGGCUUUUUGAAUAUUUUGAUUCAAAUAUCUAUAAAGAUAUAUUUAACCAUACAGUAUGUGUUGACAUUGUUAAAACAUUUGGCACACCUAAUCAGAAAUCGGUGUAUUUACCAUUAUUUGCAUCAGCCACCUGUUCUUACCAUGACAAUGUAAAUUCAAUCAAGAAGUCUAAUGAGAUUUGGGAACUUAAUGGUUCUGUUGAAAGAAAUCAAAGUGUUUAUAUGUUAAUUUUUGAUGGAAGUAAUGCUUUUAUUGUAGAAAAAGACAUAACUCUAGUUGACGGAGAUUAUAUACAUUUGAAACAGUUUAAUGUUGUAGCUGAAAACGUCAUAGAGAAUGUUAAUAUGAAAGACAUUACAAAUAAAGGAAAAUUGUAUACAUGUUCUUCCUUAAAUAAAUCAUUAAAAAAUGCACUGCGAAAAACUAUUAAUAACAUAUUAACAAAAGAAAGGCAUGGUGAUAAAUUAAGACAUUAUGAUUCUGUAUUAAAAAUAGUAGCAAAUUCAUUAGUAAAUAUUUAUAGUAUUGAAAGUAUGAUUUAUCUAACUACAUGGAUGAUUGAUGGAUAUGAUAAUCCAGAUGUUGAGUUAGAAACAGCGACAAUAGAAAUGUUUUCGCGUCAAACUGCCAAUACAAUAUUAAGAGAUUUAAAAACUGUUUAUGGUAGAAACUCUAUUAAAGAACCAUUUUUAACUUGUUGUAAUGAUAUCGAAAAAUUAGUUUUACAUUUAAAAAAUAGUAUUGAGUUAUCAGAGUUUAUUAGUAGUCGAGGAAUUGAGUACUCAAAUAAAUCAGACUAUAAAGAAAAUGUAUCAUUUUUAGUUUCAGCUUAUAGAAAUAUGAUGAUGAAAAAAGAUGACCCUAGUUUAACAUAUGGUUUUCAACAAUUUUUACAUCCUGCUCUUAAGCACUCUGCUAAUGCUCUUGAAUACUGUGUACUGAAA